GACCUGUUAACAAAAUAUCAAUAAUGUGUGUUCUGUUUAAUGCAGUUGUUGUGCUUUGACAGAAAGCAUUAAAUAUUAGAACUGUUGAGUUAUAGUAGUGUUAAAUUACUUUGUUGGUGCUUCAUCAAAUGUAAAUGUAGAAAAUGCUGUGUUCCUAAUCAUUUGUUUAACAAUCCCCUUGAACCCAAGCAAGUUACAAAGCUUUCAGUCCAGCAACUUUUUCUAGUUUACAUUCCAAUUUUAAAUCCAAUAUCUGCUUAGCUGGGGAAAAGUACCUUUUUUGGAUCUCUGUAAUAACCAAAAAGUUUUCCUCCCAGGAUCCAGUAACCAGGGACCCCAUGGAUAUGUUCUAUUUAUUGGUCACCUCAUCACACAAGAUCGUUUUAAUGCAUGGAGAAGGCAAACAGUCACACACCCUUAGAUGUCUAAUGGUUACUGAGAUUGCGGUGUCUCUUUUUGUUUGCUAAACUCCUCCCUUAUCUUUCUGCAUCAGAGAAUUUCAGAAAUUGAACAAAUCUGCUUCCAGGCUGUUUUGCAUCCCUUCCAUUUCAGCUAAUUAGUUCAUUUUUCCUGAAGCUUUUAACUGGCAGGACUUUGGUCCUCCAUAUAUCUUCAGAUGUCUCUCUGCCAGCGGAAGAGUACCAUGAAUUUGGCAAGAGAAAAAUAGGAAACUGACAACAACAAAGAUGUUGGAGCAGAACAUCUAUCAAUUUGAAGAAAACCAUCUGACUAGAGACAAGGAUUGUAGCCACCAGCAUUUCAUUUCUUGUUGCUGUGACUAAACAGUUUGGUGAUUGGAAAACAUAUUUACUCCUAAAAUGAUAUUGCUUUGUGAAGAUUUGAUACAGUUUGUAUAUGCAAGGCACAUCUAAAGCUAAUGUAUCCACCAGUUUACUAAACAAGAUGCCAACUAUCGUUUAUGCAGUGCUACAUGUCAUCUUAAGUAUAUUCAUCCCAUCUGCUAAUCUACUGGUAAUCAUUGUCAUCUGUCGGCUGAAGAAGAAGAGAUCAAGCAGAAAUUAUGUCUUCAUCCUCAACUUGGCAGCUGCUGAUCUGCUUGUGGGUGUGAUGUGCAUUGGGGAUGCUCUGGAUGAUGCAACAGAUGCACUGUUUGAUACAAACCUGUUUCUUUGUCUUAUGAGGAUCUGCAUGGGUAUUACUCCUUGUAUUGGUUCUAUUCUCACAUUACUCCUGGUUUCUCUGGACAGGUAUUUGGCAGUGAAGCUUCCCCUUCAUUACCCCUCACUCGUGAGCAAGAAACGUGUAAUCCUUUCUCUUGUAGUCCUCUGGGUUCUUUCCUUCUUAGUGGGACACAUGCCACUUAUUUCUUCAGGACUGCGGCAGAAGGAUUUAAAUGGUAACUGUGGGCUCCUGUCUGCUACCAAAAGUGACUACCUCUACAUAAUCUGUUUUGGCAUUUUCAUCCCUGCAUUGCUGACCUUGGUGUGUUUGCAUAUCUCAGUAGGGAAGAUUGCUUAUCUACAGCAUAAGCAGAUCCAGCGCUCCUGCUUGCAUGCAGAUAUCUCUUCUGCUCAUCUCCGUUAUUUCAAAGCUCUAAGGACUAUCCUUAUUGUGAUUGUUUGCUUCAUUGUAUUCUGGGGUCCUUAUUAUGGGACUGCCAUUGUGAAAGCUACCUGUAAAUCCUGCAACCUGAAUCCACUGUUGAGGGAUUCUUUACUGCUCCUAGGAGAGAUGAAUUCUCUGAUAAAUCCUUUUGUGUAUUCAUUGUACAACAAGGACAUAAGGACUGAGUUUGCCAGGCUGAUGAAAUGUAAGGGAAAAGGACAAAUAAGGCCAUGUAAAUCUAUUCAUUUAGCAACUGCUAAUUCCAACAUUGGAAUCUGAAAUGAUUUAUAUAAUGGAUUUAUAAAAUGGAAUUAAUCUAAUUUCUGCCUCUUCUUCAAUAGUUCUUCAGAUUACAAAACAGUAUUUUCAGUCUCUACUGCAGAAGAGAGAAAACUAGCUAAGCACAGUUCUGAUCAAAAGAGGCUCCCCUCUUAGUCAUAAUUCGGUUAUUUGAAGAUAAUCAAAGAUGGGUUACAUAAUAAGUAAAUAUUGAUAAAUAUCUUUUACCUGGUGGAGUAUCUUAAAACUGAGAAUACAAUGGGACUCUCCUAUUUGUCUUCCUCAUGUGGGUCUUUUGGAAACUCUACUAGUAACAGCCAUAAAUGGGUUGCUCCCAGUGUAUGUUUUGAAUACGGUUUAAAGGAUCGAAAUCUUCAAUUUCUUGGAUUAAAUCUUCUGCAAACAACUGAAACAGGUAUGUCUUUAAAGCCCUUUCUUUAAAAGGGUUAAGAGCUUGAUGGUCAUUUUCUGACUCUUUCUCUCAGUAUACAAGCCUGUUUAAUUUCAGAACAGUUCCAACAAAAAAGAAAAGUAAUUUCAAAUUACUUGGAUAUCCCUGGAUCUAAUCUUAGUUAAAUCUUGAAUUUGCAAACUACUCCAUGAGCAAAAAAGUAGCUUUUCAGCCUUAACCAUCUAUCAGCAAUAGUGGCAUAUUAAAAUCAAGCCUUCCAUACAAACUGUUCUUAAUAAUGAGAACUUUUCUGAGGUACUUUGACUAUCUAGAAAACAUGCUGUAUGAAUAUUAAGUUACACACCAAUUAGGUUAUAAUCCCAACCCCACAACAGAAAUACAGUUCCUCCCCUAACUCUGCCUCAAAUGUAGCAUUAGGCUCCAUCCAUCCAUCCAUCCAUCCAUCCAUCCAUCCAUCCAU